AUGGGUUCAACUAAUACUCGGUCUUUGAGAAGUCGGCGAUCGAAUGUCGCAGAAAACUUCACAACGCCACAGAAAGUUGUUCCGUAUACUCCAGCUCAGACGCCUCAGAACCCUGUCGCCUCAGUAGAUGAGACCUAUACUUCCCCAGCUAUGAAGCGCAAAGCAAAUGAGUUACCAUUGGAGGGCAUUUCUUGUGAGACGAAAAAUGAAAAGAAGGUAAAAAAGCAGAAAAGCGAAAAUGAAGAGAAGCGAGUGCGCAGAUUCAGGCCUCAUCCACCCCAGUCUUUCCAGGAGAUCUAUGACCGUGCGCUUUCCCAACGCUUCUAUGUUCUCAAUCGUGUGAGAGGUGGUACUCAAGAUUGUCCUGAGGAAGACGUUGAGAUGACUGGGUCUACUGGCAACAUCUACACUGUUCACGUUGGGAAGCAGCCCCGAUGUACUUGCCCCCACAAUGAAAAGGGCCACCAGUGCAAGCAUAUCUUAUACGUAAUGAAGCAAGUUCUAAAUGCUCCAUUUGAACUCGUCUACCAACUUGCACUCCUCAGCACUGAGCUAUGUUCUAUCUUCGCUGCAGCACCCCCUAUCUCAACACCGGAACAGAGUGAAUCCGACAAGCGCAAGCCUAUUGAAGGAGACUGCCCCAUCUGCUAUUGCGAGUUCGACGAGAAGAACAAAGAAUCUAUCGUCUGGUGCGCUGCAGCUUGUGGUCAAAACAUUCAUGAAGAGUGCUUCAGGAUGUGGGCGCAGACCAAGCGUGGUGUAGGAAGUGUUACCUGUCCGAUGUGUCGCAGCGUUUGGAAGGGAGACGAAAAGAUUGUGUCCAGAGUCCAGAAGGAUAAAGGCGAUGUAGACGAUGAAGGCUAUGUCAAUGUUGCAGACCAACUUGGUAUCAGUCGUGAGCGAGACGAGUCAAGCUACUUACGAUGGUACGGAUAUCACCAGAGACGUCGACAGGAGAAUCAGGGCGGUUAUGUCCCGUAUGGGGGGUGGUGA